CAAUCACUCGUUCAACCAAACGCGUACACUUGACCGGCGUUGAGAAAAAUGCAGCGCCAGCAUCGCCGCCACUCUUUUGACGCACAAUAGCCACGAUGACGGCGCACGACGAGGUCGACGACUGGGGCGUUCCCGUCGGCGCAUACCAGGACCCGGACAACCUGCCCGCGCAGAUGUUGAGUCUGGUCAGGGCCUAUGUUGUGUACAGAAUGAAGCCUGCGGUGGUGAGGCGGUACCAUGCGCUGAGGAGGAGGAAUUGGAGUCCCCGCCAGCUGUUUACGCUUGUCAACGCGCUGGUGCUGGUUUGGUGGGUGGUGUUGUACUGGGGGGAGAGGGGUGUGUUUGAGGGUGCUGUGGGGAAGUGCAGCUGGGAGGGGUGGGAGGACUGGGAAGCAGGAGCAAAUCCCCACCGCCUCAUCUUCAUCGCCGACCCGCAGCUCGUCGACCCGCAUACCUACCCGGGCCGUCCGUGGCCCCUCAACCCGCUCGCCAUGGAGUACACCGACCUUUAUAUGCGCCGCGUGUAUUCGCGCCUGCAGACUGUGCUGUACCCCGACACGGUCAUGUUUCUGGGGGAUCUGUUCGAUGGCGGCCGCGAGUGGUCGACGCGCACGACUCGCUCCCCUGAGAAGGAAUACCGGCAGUACGGCGACGACUACUGGCUGAAAGAGUACAAUCGCUUUGGCAAGAUCUUCCUGAAUCACUGGGGCGAUGGGGGCAUGCAAUCGCGUCCAGGCCAGCCAGGCCGGAAAAUCAUAAGCAGUCUGCCUGGGAACCACGACCUGGGAUUCGCGCGGGGCGUGCAAGUCGGCGUGCGCAAUCGCUUCAACGCCUACUUCGGCGACGGGAACCGCAUCGACAUCCUCGGGAACCACACAUUCGUCUCCAUCGACAGCGUCUCGCUCUCCGCGCUAGGCCAAGACUCGCCAAACCAAGUAGAAGACCUCUGGCGCCCGACAAAAACCUUCCUCGAGAACGCAAAAGUCCAGAAACACCGCCUCGUGCAGCGCGAACUCCGCACGCAGAUGGGCCUGAAACCCUACCCGGCCUUCCCACACACCGUCAUCCCCGCACAAGACCUCCCCAAAGCAACCCUCCCCCACUCCAACGCAGACGUCCACGACUUCCCCACCAUCCUCCUCUCUCACGUGCCCCUCUACCGCCCACCAGGCACCCCCUGCGGCCCCCUCCGCGAGCGCCACCCCCCCUCCCCCGGAAACCCGGACACGGACGACCGCAACGCCAUCGCCGUGCGCGGCGGCUACCAGUACCAGAACGUGCUGAACCGCGAGCUGACAGCCGAGAUUGCGCAGAAAAUCGGCGACGUGCGCUAUGCGUUCUCCGGCGACGACCACGACUACUGCGAGCUUGUGCACCGCGGGUACGCUAGCCCCGGGACCGGUAUUCGCGAAAUCACCGUCAAGAGCGUGAGCUGGGCUAUGGGCGUGCGGCUCCCUGGCGUCGUGCUGGCCAGUCUGUGGAAUCCUGUUGAUGAGCAGGGGAAGAGCGUUGCCGCCGAUCCCGCGCGCAAAACUGUACAAACGAAGUUAUGUCUGCUGCCGGAUCAGAUUGGCACGUUUAUUCGGUAUGGGGUGUUGUUUGGCAUUACGCUUGUUGCGCUCGUGUGUCGUGCUGCGCUGGUGGCAGGGGGCGUUUUGUCGAAGGCGAUAAGUGCGCCGUUACUUCCUGUGACUGCUAGGCCUGCGCAGGAUGUGGAUCUACAUACUUCCUCGUCGGCGAAUUCUUCCGCAGAUACGGCGAAGACUAUACUGCAGAGUCGCUCGUCUCGCGCUGCUACGUUUACACAACAACAGCAGCAGCAGACGCAUGCGUACACUUACCCCCUCGUCCAACACGCUGGGUACAAUCCUGCUCUGGACAUUAACAUCGAUACUAAUACCAAUACCGAUGUUGAUGAGAAACACGUGAAGAUCUACGGCCACACACAUGCGCAGAGAGAUAGGAGUAGGGAUGGACAUGGGGAUGGGGGAAGGGAGAGUAAGCCAGUGAAGAGGAGAAAAGGGGCUGCGCUGUUUUGGUACGAGGUACGUGUGGGACUGGGUACGGUGUGUUUGUGGGGGUUUGCGGCGUAUGGGGGGUUGGUGGUUUGGGGGUAGUUGUGAUGUUGUGUUUUUGUGUGAGGGUAUGAAGG